UUACUUUGAGCACUUCACUGUGUUCGUGCAAUGAAACUCAUGUGUGUCCCUCACCACAGACCAGUCACGCCAAAUCUGAAACGCAGAUUGAUAGUCGCAGAAGGUUUCAUCUCGCAUCAAUCCAUCCAGGAUUGGAUUACGUGUUAAAUCCUCUGCACUGGGAUUCAGUUUUGUUCCUCUGAAGAUGCUCGCUUGUGGAUCGCAGACUGGGGACUUUCGCGGAAUUAAACGAGCUAAAGGCUGUGUGGUGAUAGCUGAAGCCUUCCUAUGAGGUGAGCAUAUCGGUGUGGACCCCCGGCUCCCCUCCCAGUGCCAGCAGCAGCAGCAGCAGGACUAAGGGAUGUCACAAGUAUUCCUCCUUCUGACCCUGCUCUGUUUCUCCUCCUGCACCCAGGUGUCAUCUGCUGCAUCCCUCAAAACUUUGAUGGCAAGAUGGAUGAUGUACCGAGAUGAAUGUUUUCUAAAUAUUAGCAGAGAACCACCGAUGCCAGGUAUUGUGUGCAACAGAACAUUUGAUAAGUAUGCCUGCUGGCCGGAUGCACUGCCCAAUACUACAGUGAGUGUGGCCUGCCCAUGGUACUUGCCCUGGCACAAGGAAGUCCAACACGGGUUUGUGUAUCUGGAGUGUGAUGCAGACGGACAGUAUAGCAAACAGAAGAAUGCCAGCGAAUGUCUAUCACAUGACCCCACACAAAUCAACAUGCAACACUACGGACGGAUCCUUAGUCAGUUCCGGACCAUGUACACCAUUGGAUAUUCCCUGUCUCUUGCGGCGCUGGUGCUGGCGCUGGGCAUCCUGGUGGCCUUUAGGAAGCUGCACUGCAUGAGAAACAACAUCCACAUGAACUUGUUUGCCUCCUUCAUCCUGCGAGCCUCUUCUAUUCUCAUCAAAGAUGCCAUGUUGGAAAGGCCUGAUGACUUCCAUGUUGGUCAGGACAUCACCAAUGAACUGGAGGUGGAGUGGCUGGUUAAAAACGAGACGGCGGUCGGCUGCAGGGUUGCAAUGGUGAUGAUGCAAUACAGCAUACUGGCCAACAACUACUGGCUGCUAGUGGAGGGCAUCUACCUGCACAGCCUUCUGGUCGUCACAGUCUUGAUGGAGAGGAAUUACUUCGCCAUCUACCAGUGUAUCGGCUGGGGUGCCCCUCUGAUAUUCGUGUUGCCGUGGGUGAUUGUGAAGUACUUGUACGAGAAUGAAGAAUGCUGGGUGCAGAAUAUUAACAUGGAGUACUGGUGGAUUAUUCGUUCGCCAAUCCUGCUGGCCGUGUUGAUUAACUUUUUCAUCUUCAUACACAUCAUCAAGAUCCUCGUGUCCAAACUGAGGGCGCACCAAAUGAGAUAUUCUGACUACAAAUUCCGGCUCGCUAAGUCAACCCUCACCCUGAUUCCGUUACUGGGGAUCCAUCCGGUCCUGUUUUCAUUUGUUACUGAUGAGUCUACCUCACAUGGUGCUCUAUCCCUGCGCCUCACAAAGCUAUUUAUCGACCUAUUCUUCAACUCCUUCCAGGGGCUGCUGGUAGCCAUCUUAUAUUGCUUCGUCAACAAGGAGGUUCAAUCUGAGAUUCUGAAGAAAUGGAGACGUUGGAAGCUUGGGAGGGACAUAGAGGAGGAGUACCGUCACACCUACAGCCAGUCCCUUCAGAUGAAGAGUGGCAGCAUCAUGGUCCCUCCUUCCAACCUCUCGCGGCUGCCUGAUAUCGCUACCACUACCUCCCGGCUCGGCAGUCCAGAAGAGAAGCAGAUGCUGGUGUCCAACAGCUCGAAUGGUAUGGGUACUGGAUUGCAGUUCACCUCCACACCACAAGAUAGUUCCACCUGCAGUUCGAUAACAGAGGACAUAGUGAUGGUGGACAGAGGAAAGUGUUGUAGCAUUCAACAGGACAAUGCCAAGAGCAACCUGUGAGCUCCAGAUGUCUUGCAGAAGAAGACCCUUAGCCCAACCACCCUCGCUUCUUCUGGCUGAGGGCCCUGAAGCAAGGAGCAAGAGGCGUGUGAAUGUGUGCGUGUUUGUGUGUGAGUUUGUGAGAGCACUGUCCUCUCUGAUGGACACAUGAUGGACACCCGUUCAUCACGUUACAUGGUGCUCAGUUGACACUGUCCCAGUCAGACAGGAUCAGCGGUGCGCAGAAGGUGGAUAUAUGUUAAAGAUUUGCACAAAUGUACAUGCUAACAAACUCAAUGAUGAAGAACAGAGUCUUACCUCUAGUCUUAUAUUGCUGUCUGUGAUGUUGAUGAUUUAGUAGAGAAACCCCAUUGGGACUGCAGGGUCCAAGAGGAACCAUCAAAAGCAAACAUCAACCAAUGCCUCUGGAUGAAUGGAAGAUUAAGAAAGAGAUACACUUAACUGAACUUGUCAAAAAGUUAACUAAACUGGGUAAUGCAUUCCAGAGUGCAUAAGCUCCAUUUGAAUCGAAGGAACCCCACAUGAAAAGACCAACUUGGACCUGAAUUUCCAUACAGGUUUAUGCUAAUAUGGUGCCGAUGGAUCAGCAAAGCCAAAAAUGGGUGAAGCUGAUUGGUCAAGGACAUUCUGCUGGUUAAGUAAGCAAAGAAGCCUUGUGGUGACACCAACACACCAGCAUUUUGUUUGCAUAUAUUUUGCAAUCAAUUGACACUUUUGGGUACAUGUAACACGUAAAGCUGUUUUUGUGUAGUUUAAUUAAAACCAUCUUUGUCUUUGUUAGAAAUUAAUUGCCAAGCUAAGGUAUAGAUAUAGACUGAUCAAGUUUCGACAGGUAUUACCCAUGUGCCUUUUUCUGUAGGUCAUAGACCCCAAUAUUAAAACAAAAACAGAAAGAUUCACCUUGCAGAGUAAGUGAAGUACAAAUCAGUCACCCAAUCUUCAGAGGUGAAAGUUGCUUAAAGCAGGUUCUGUAUAGCAAACAGGACUUCAAGUAAACAUUAGAUGAAUGUGCCACUAUUAAUCACGAUGAUUUGCUCCCUUCAAGGAAAUAUGCUUGGUAUACUCAAGCAUGCAAAAUACAGCCAUAUGUGAAAUGCUUCAAAGGGUCUGGGUCAAUGCCUUAAUGGAGUAGCGAGACAGAUCUGAUUCCCUUGUGUCAGCGGUCAGAGGAGAUGACUGUCCACCAGACAUGUUGAUAUGUUCAAGAGUCAGUAUUAGUUAGCAACUGCUUCUUCUCUCGCAUACUUCUCAUCUCCCAAUAGGCAUUCAAAUCCUUUGCCAUAGAGCUUUGAAAGUUGUUCAGGAAGUGUAGGAGGAACUGCAAGGACGAGAGCCAGAAAGCGAAGAGAAAAUUUAGAACAAAUUACAACCUAAGACAUCGAUCAAAAUGGUUCCUCACUCAGAGGAUGUUCAGUUCAAGAUAUGAUAUGCUAUAAAAAAAUAUGCAACCGCAAGACACUGAAAUGAGAUUGCGGUGAAGUGUAGAGGUGAAGUGUGUAAUUUCUACAACAUUAGCGCCACCGGAUCUGUUUGUUUGAGUGGCCCAGCUGAGCCAUAACAAUAAGGGUGUACUCACACUAGACACGGUUGCCUUAAACCGAGCCCGGUUUCUUCUUUCAGACGAAUCCAGUCGGCGUUAUAUAAAAAAUUG